AUGGUGAGUUACUAUAAUCCUGACUGCCUGACCUACAGCCGCGUCUACCUCCCACUGAGUUACCCUGAUGACCUCAUCAGGCCAGGCAUCUUCCAAGGCAUCUAUGAUGCCUACAGUGUAAAGAUUGUCCUGCUCAGCUUCCUUGGGAACUAUGCCAGGGCCUCGAGGAUCCCAAGAUACCCCAUCAUCCCUGCCUGGAAGGAGACAUUAGAGAUCCACCUCCUGCACCGCAUCCAACUGCCAAAUAUGGAGAUCCUCCUUGACUUCCACGUGCUCUCCGGCAUCGUCCAGGAGAUUCAGGAGCAGGUGAUGCAGGAGCAGCAGGAGGAAGAAGGCGGGCCUGAGGACAGCGAGGGCCAUGGCUGGCAGAGCCCUGCCCAGCCCAGCGUCAGGGAGUCCAGGGCUGCAGCUUUGGAGGAGCAGCCUGCCCACAGCUUUGUUCUGCCUGCGGGUGUGGACUCAAUAGACCAGAACUACCCUCGAACCUACAGGAUGUAUUUCUAUGGUGUGGACAUUGUUCCCUUCUAUGACCCCAUCCACCCCCAGCGCUUCUCUGGAAUCUUCAUCCUUUUCGAUGAGGACCACUUCGGUUUCCUCUGUGUGGAGCGGAGAUGCUUCACCUUGUACAGCAGAAUGCAGGAGACCUUCAAGAAUGUGGAGGCACCUUCCCCACAGGCCUUCCUGGAGAUGCUCAAGAACAUUGAGGCCCUACCCCUGAGAGGAGCAGUUUGAUUUUCAAUUUAAAGAUUUAACCUGACU